AUGGAUUCAGCCUUCCAGAAGGAACUCACCUGCUUCAUCUGCUUGAAGUACCUUACAGAUCCUGUCACCAUAGGCUGUGGACACAGCUUCUGUCAGGCCUGUGUCUGCCUUUCCUGGGAAGGAGCCAAAAUUCCUGCCCGUUGCCCCAUAUGCAGGAACACAUCAGAGCAAACAGAGUUCAGAACCAAUAUUCUACUGAAGAAUCUGGUGUCCCUUGCCAGACAAGCCAGUCUCUGCCAGUUCCUGAGCUCUGAGAAACAGAUGUGUGGGACACACAAGGAGACAAAGAAGAUGUUCUGCGAAGAGAGCAAGAACCUGCUCUGUUUGCUCUGCUCUAACUCUCAAGAGCACGAAGCUCACAGUCACUGUUCCAUAGAAUGCGCUGUUGAGGAAUACCGGUAUUAUGUGUGUCUACUGUCAGAGAUUAUCAGCUCUGAGUAUCAGAAAUUGCAUCCGAUUCUCCUUGAGGAAGAAAAACAACAUUUAGAGGGACUGAAAAAUGAAGGCAAGAAGAUAUUACAGCAACUGAAGAAAAGUGAAGCCACAAUGGUUCAAAAGGGGAGGCACCUGAGAGAAAUGUAUGAGGAGCUGAUGAAUAUGUGCCAUAAAUCAGAUGUGGAGUUGCUCCAGGAUUUGGGAGACAUUUUGACAAGGAGCGAGUCCAUGCAGCUGAACAUGCCCCAGCCUGUGAACCCAGCGCUCAGUGCCUGGCCCAUCACUGGCCUGAUAGACAGGUUCCGCCAGUUCCGAGUGGAAAUUUCCUUCAGUUAUGAAAUAAGCAGUCAGAAUAUCAUGCUGUUUGAUGACGUGAGAAGUCUGAGGCUUAGACGUGACCUUCAAGAGGCACCUUUUCCUUCUGGAAGAUCUCACUACUUUGCCGCAUGGGGAGACCAGGCCUUCACCUCUGGAAAAUACUACUGGGAGAUAGAAGUGGAUAGCUCUUGGGACUGGGCUGCAGGAGUCUGUAAGGAUACUUGGUUAAGGAAGGACAGCUCAAGGGUCCCGUCUGAGGACACUUUUCUUUUUUUAUGUGUGAAGGAGGAUAAUCGUUACAAUCUCUUGACCACCUCCCCAGUGCUUUCUCAGUAUAUAGAGAAACCUCUGGAGCAGGUAGGUGUGUAUGUAGAUUUUGACAGUAGAAGUGUGAGUUUUGUUAAUGUUGCCAAAAGUUCCCUCAUAUGGGCAUACCCAGCUUGCUCCUUCAAUUAUCCCCUCAGGCCUUUCUUUUACACUGGCCACACAUGAUCAUGGUCAAGUCAUAUCUGAGGGACCCCUUCCCAACUGAAGCUGAUAAAUAAUAUUUUACUGUCUUUUACGUUGUUCUCCUUUAAUGGAACAUUUUGCUAUUGAUUAUGUUGGUAGUCUGAAUUGAAAACUUUUGUUAGUUCAAUUUUCUUUACAUUAAAAUAAUCUCUCGCAGCACAUUAUAUGAAAUAUAUGCUGUGGUUAUUCAUGUGUUUUACGAGCUUUGUGGCAUUAGAAGCAUAUAUAGUACCCAAAAAACCCACUGCCGUUGAGUCGAUUCUGACUCAUAGUGACCCUAUAGUGCAGAGUAGAACUGCCCCAUAGAGUUUCCAAGGAGCGCCUGGCAGAUUCGAACUGCCGACCCUUUGGUUAACAGCCGUAGCAUUAUGUCAGUCUGGAAUAUUCUUCUCCAUCAUCUUCAUCUCGUAAACUCCUCAAUUCAUCCUUAGGGAAAUCUCUUUACAGAGAAAUAUCCCUGAAUCCUCAGGACCUGGACAGGUCUGUGGUUGGAUGAACACUUUAUGCGCUCCUUUUCCUCUUUUACUGAAUGAAUUAUGAGACAGAGGAAGCGUCUCUUAUAUUCACUGCCAUUUCCCAACAGGUAAUACGAUGUCUAAGACAUAGCAGGCACUUAACAAAUAU